AUGUAUACACUGUCUGCCGGCAUUUGGGAGAAGUUUUUCAAGAAAAAAGACUAUUUUGUGGUCAUCGUGGGGUUGGAUAAUGCUGGAAAAACCACGUUUUUGGAGCAGGCGAAAUCGCAUUUUGUGAAAGAUUACGGAAUGUUGAAUCCAUCUAAAAUUACAGCUACUGUAGGAUUGAAUAGUGAGUUUUCAGAGGUUUUUUGGAUUUUUUGCCGCUGAAAACUAAGCUUUUUAGAGCCAAAAAAUCGAUUUUUUGUCAAAAAUCAAUAAUUCCAGCUGGAAAAGUCGAGCUGAACAAUACCUGCCUGAAUUUCUGGGAUUUGGGAGGCCAGGAAAGCCUCCGCGAAUUAUGGCCCACUUAUUUUGAUGACGCGAAUGCGAUUAUUUUUGUGGUAGAUGCAACGAGAUCCGAUCUGUUUCCCACAGUUUCAGCACUUUUUAGUGAGUUUUUAAAUACUUUUUCAAGCUUAAAAAUCGAUUUUAUGCUGAAAAUCGAGGUUUCCAUGGGAAAAACCAGGCUUGACUUGGUUUUUCAGAUGGAAGAUUUAGAUUUUCAGCAAAAAAAUCGUAGAAUAAUCUAAAAAUUCAGCCGAAUUCAAUCUGAAACUUGUCUGAAAUCCUAUUUUUCAUCCGAAAGGUGGAGAAUAAGAUUCCAGAUAAUUUAGAGAUUGAAUUUGGCUGGCUUGCGGAAGCUAUGCCCAAAUGUUGAUUUUUGGUUGAAAAAUAACUGAAAUUCACUAUUUUCAGCCCGAAAUCACACAAAAUCCUUAUAAACAUUGCUGAAAAUCCAAUUUUCCAUCUGAAACUAAACAUUUCAGCUGGAAAAUUAGAUUUUUGGCAGAGACGCGGAAGCUAUGCCCAAAUUUUGAUUUUUGGUUGAAAAAUAACUGAAAUUCUCUAUUUUCAGCCUGAAAUCACACAAAAUCCUUAUAAACAUUGCUGAAAAUCCAAUUUUCCAUCUGAAACUCACCAUUUCAGCUGGAAAAUUGGAUUUUUGGCAGGGACGCGGAAGCUAUGCCCAAAUUUCGAUUUUUGGUUGAAAAAUAACUGAAAUUCACUAUUUUCAGCCUGAAAUCACACAAAAUCCUCAUAAACAUUGCUGAAAAUCCAAUUUUCCAUCUGAAACUCAGAAUUUCAGCUGGAAAAUUGGAUUUUUGGCAGAGACGCGGAAGCUAUGCCCAAAUUUUCAUUUCGAAUUCUCUAAUUCGAGAAUUUCCUUCCUUCAGAAGAAGUGAUAUCAAACGACGCUGUUCAAAAUCUGCCUGUCCUCGUCGCCGUCAAUAAAUCCGAAAUGGAAGGCGCGUCUCCGGCAGCGGAAGUCCGCAUGCUUCUCGAAGACGAGAAUCAUCAAUCCGACUUGGCGGUUCUGCCGGUUUCCGCGUUAGAAGGCACAAACAUCGAGCGAUGCGUCAGAUGGAUUGUCAGAACUCUAGCCAGUCAGCCGCUCUAUCUAUAG